UGCUGGGCCUAACGAAGCAACGAGCGAUUGGGUUUGUUGGACUGAUCUUCGCCAGAUAACGAGCAUGCUCGCGAGAGUCGUUAGCUCGACUCGUAAAGCUGUUAGUGUUAACGAGUUUCAGGAGAUACUUUACUCUGUUCAUUAGCCUAACGAGCCGAGGUACUCUCCGAGUAACGAGUAAAAUGUCCAGGCCUAGGUCUAGGACGUUCGGCAGCGAGAUGGGCCAAAAGGAGGAGGGGUGCGGCACAAGAAGAAAAGGAAGAAAAAGGGAAAUAUACAUGGGCUCCGGCCCGGCGGAUGAAAACAGGCGACCGGACUAGAACCCGACCGUGGCCCCCCCGUCGCGCGCCAAACACAGACGGAGUCCGGCCUCGCCACGCCGUGCCCGCUACUACAAAAAAGCGAACCGACUCCCAUCGGCGCGCGCGGCAACCCGUUCCCUCGGGCACAACUCGAUCGCCGGAGCUUCUUAAAUCCUAACUCCUUCCCCAAGCUAGGCCAAGGGGAAAUCCUAGGGUUUUCCGUCGUCGUCUUCCCCCCAGCGCGAGCAGCAAUGGCGAUGGUGGUGCCGGCCAUCAACAUCGGCCGCCUCGUCUUCCUGGUCGGCACCGGUUUUGCUGGCUCCAUCGCACUCAGAAACGGCGAGCGCCUCUCCGACUUCCUCCGCGAGGUCCAGGAGAUUCUCCAGCGCGACAGAGGAGGAGGAGGAGGCGGCGGCGGCGCCGAUAACGCGCAGUUGAAGGCCAUCGAAGGGCUGGCCAGGGAGAUAAAAGAGCUUAUGUCAAUCUCUCCCACUAUUAUUUAUCAGAACGAAGAUGGCAGCAGAGUUAUGACAGCUUUGAUGGGACCUGCUGCAGCUGCUGGGGCGGUGGGCUAUGCUUACAUGUGGUGGAAAGGCAUCACAUUUUCUAGCAUAAUGUAUGUCACCAAGCAAAAUAUGGCUAGUGCUGUUUCAAGCAUGACCAAGCAUCUGGAACAAGUGCAGAACUCUCUGGCUGCUGCUAAAAGGCACUUAACACAGCGCAUUCAAAAGGUAGAUGAUAAAUUGGAUAAGCAAAAGGAGAUAUCUGAACAAAUAAGAGAUGAGGUUACUGGUGCACGACUGAAACUCAAGGACAUUGGUUCAGAAAUGGAAAAUCUCAAAAAGUUGGCUUUUAAUCUGGAUGGGAAAUUGGACACUAUUCAACACAAACAGGAUUUCCAGUUGGCUGGUGUGUCGUAUCUCCUCCAGUUCAUAGAACCACAUGGGAUGCUGCCGGAGGGCUCCAUCCAAUUCAUAAAACAAGAUUGUGGGAGGCUACCCCUGUUCCUACAGGAAGGCCCCAAGGGACCGGUGGUCACACGCUCCGGGAAGAAAGGGGAGCUCCCGCAGGGUCUGGGGUUUGGGCUGCGGCUGCUGGCGCUAGAGCAAUCUGCCAAUCGUGCACCGUCGAUGCCGGUCAAUCCUGCUUGCUGAUUCUUCUUCCGUGGUUGCUCGGACUCGUAUAGGUUGGCUUCACCGAAAGAAUUGGCUGGUAGGAAGAUGUCAGAUGAAUACUCUAGUUAGCCGUAUAUGUGUUUCAGUAAACUAGCCGUGUUAUGACUUAAUUAUGUAGUGCUACCCUACUCGAGUGUUGAGAACUGGAACGAGAUUAGGUCGCCUUGCUGGAUUGACAGUAGAUAUACAAUCUGAAGCUUAUCGAAUGCACAAUCAUGUUUUCCGCAA